AUGACGCAGUCCGAUCGAUACAGAGGGGAUGCCCAUGAGGAACGGUUACUGGAACUCCAGCGCCUCCAACUGCAGCGAUAUUGGCCUGCAGAGUUCUAUGUUAUCGAGCGGAAAUGCUUGACCAUGGUUCUCGGGGUCAUUCGGAUCCAUCACAUCUUGACAGCUGCUGGUUUCCAAUAUUGGGACGCGUGGAAUCUGACACACCCGGUACUGAAGCCCAUCGCAGAGAUCUUCCGGUCACCACUCAAACGCAAGCUAGCAAUUCUCGACGAGAAUCGCCGAAGAAUUCUUACGAACAUGGUGCUCACUCAACAAAAGGUUGAGAAAGCUAUCCAUGCCGUCAUUGAGCUGCAUUUCCAACUCCUGCACCUGGGCAGGACCAGGCAUAUAACGACGUGUCCAGAUAUGCGUCACAACAUGCUCCAGAGGUUACUCGAGCGAUAUAGGAAUCGCGCAGAUUUGCAGCUUGAACCUUUCCGGGUCGAAAAGGGUAGCCGUGGUGCCCUUCGGGUCGUCAUGGUGGCUAGUGGCUCUGCGCAUACAACCGAAGGGCGUGGCCGCAAAACUUCGGUGCAUUUACCGACAGCUGAAGAGGGUAGUCGCGAAAACCCAAUUUGCUUAAUGGAGCACGACUCAGCUGUCUUGCGUCAGGAGCACGAGACGAUGAGCGAGUCUGUGGACGCUUCGAAUCCAGCAUCAAGAUGCAGCGUGUUCACAGAUGCUGGGUUCGUGGACCGCGAUAUUACGGACGCAGACCUCCUUAGGCUGUAUCAGUUUGACACGGUGCAAAGAUUUGUGGUGAUACCGGAGCCCGAAGACUCGAGCUUCGUGGCUGAUUCUCGGAGUGAAACCCGGUCUACAAGCAGCCCGCCAACGUCAACUUCUCGUAGGGGGACUGUCUCCGGUCCUGCUGCUUCGCAAACAUGGGGUAUCGUUAACUCUACAACAAUAACAUCACCGCAGAGAACACACUACGAAACUUGCGCCUCAGCCCUUACCACUACUUCUCAGAAAAGGUCGACAAUCACUGAAACCACAAUAAGAGCGCCAGCUCCUCGAUUCAAGAGUGUACCAAGGCAGACGGCCAGCCAACCCCUCGAACAAGCCACGCGCCAGCCAUCCCUACCUCAUCGCUCGAGUCGCCGCACAACAGCACCAAACUGUGUUCUCCUGUCGCCCGAAACGUCAUCGUCGCCGUCACUGGAAGCACCUGCUCUUCCCACGGCUAUCCCAGCACCAGAAGUCAUCUUACUUUUGGAACCACUCAACUCCGUCGGGCAUCGAGACGCUCCACACAGGGGAACACGAUUUUUGAUCUCGCCUCCCGGAUCAUCCACCUCUACUCGCAUCCAUAAGACACCUCGAAAGCCGGCUUGCGAUGCUCGCAGACAACUUCCAAACUUUACAGAAAGCACACCUCGUCGUACUUCAAGAGUUUUUGCAUCGCCACACCACGCCGACUGGUCCACUUUCAUCAUCCGCCGCGGCGAUAGUGCCAACAGUGGCGCGAAUCUCUCCGGCGCCCUCAAGCCCAGCGCAACAACGUGA